AUGCCAAAAUCACGCAGGAAUAAACUCGUUAGUUUAACAGAGACUGAGAAGAAGACAAGAGAGCAUAAGGAAGCUUUAGUCGAUUUGAUUAGACAGGCUGCAGAUGAAAACAAAUAUUGUUGGAUUAUUGAAGCUGGUGAUAUGCGUAACUCAAGUUUGAAAGACGUUCGCGCCGCUUGGAAGGGUACAGGUAGACUAUUCUUUGGUAGACUGAAAGUAAUGGCUAUUGCAUUGGGUACAACACCGGAAACAUCACACAAACCUGAACUUUAUAAGUUAUCUGAGCACCUCUCAGGUAGCGCAGGUUUAUUCUUCACGAAUUGGGAUGAAAAUGAGGUUAAAGAGUGGUUUGAUAGUUUCAGUAAACCUGAUUUCGCAAGAACUGGUAACGUCGCAACCCAAACGAUAGAAUUAGAAGAAGGUCCAAUCAUACAUAGACCAAGUGGCGAUACUUUACCACAUACGCUUGAACCUUCACUUCGUAAACUUGGAUUGAGUACAAGUUUGUUGAAGGGUGUACCAACAUUGUUAUCAGCACAUACAGUUUGUAAAGAAGGACAGACAUUAUCUGCAGAACAGGCACAGAUAAUCAAGCAUUUGGGUGUAAUGAUGUCAAAUUUUAAGCUGCAAGUUAAAGCAUUAUGG